AUGGAUACUAGAGAAGAACUGCAGCAACAUCAACAACUGUGGGACAGAAUGCUGAGCCAGAAUAGAUUCAAGAUGAAUCUGAUGUAUGCAGCCAUGAAUGAUAAUGAGAAUUUGGUGGAUUGGAGGAGUAUUUUCCAUAAAAAUUUGGCUAGACCCAGGGCAAAUUUUAUUACUUGGAUGUUGUGUCAUGAGAAACUUGCGACUAAGGAUAGGCUCAUGAGAUUCAAUAUGAUUACGGAUAGUGUUUGCAGUAUAUGUAAGACAACUGAUGAAACUGUUGCCCAUCUAAUUUUUGAGUGCAGGGAGAAUAAGGAGGUGUGGUGCCAAGUUUUGCAGUGGAUUGACAAGGAUCAUCGACCACUUCCUUGGGCUGAGGAAUUGAAAUGGGUGACAAAGGAAGUAAAUAAGAAAGGCUGGAAAGCUUGCCUUUUGAGAAUGGCUUUUUUCGAAACUGUAUAUGGUAUCUGGCAUAGAAGAAAUAGUAUAGUUUUUGCCAAUAGUAUAAACACAAAUAUAGUGAAAAGCAUCAUAGACAAUAUUGUUUAUAGAAGUUGGCUUUAUAGGAAGCUUAGAAAUCAUGUUGCUCUUUUGAUGAUGUAA